AUGAAUGCAGGAGAGAAAACCAUUUUCCAAGAGUUUCUGACAAACCAGGGCACCGUGGUAAAGCCCUGCUGGUGGCAGAGACAGUGCCAUGCCUGUGCCAGGUGUCCCUUCCACAUCCGGACGGGGGAAGAAGCCAGAGUGCCAUACACAGAAUUUCACAGGCUCUUUGGCUCCCCACACAGGCCCACAGCGACUCCCCAAAACAGGCACCUUCUCUUCUACGAACUGAGGAGCUUCUCGGGCAGAGUCCUGCAGAAAGGCCACGCCACAAACUGCACUGCCCGAGCCAAGCACCCCGAGGCUGUGCUGUUCGAGGCGGGCGGGUACCUGGACGCAGCCGCAGCCACCUGUGAAAGCAUCAGGAGCAUCAUCCUCUACUCGAACCUCUCCCCCUGUGACGAGGCUCAGCACUGCUGCUUAAGGAAAAUGUACAACUUCCUGCUGAGACACCCACACAUCACGCUCUGCAUCUAUUUCUCCCAGCUCUGUCACACCGGGAGCGGUUCUCCCUGUGCCGGGGGCAAUGCCAGGGCUCUGCGGAGCCUCCGCAGCCUCUGGCCUCGGGUGACCCUGCAGAGGCUGCCAGAGGGGGCCCAGCAGUACCUGCUUCGCCACUUCGUGUGUGGCAUCAGAGGGGCGACCCCUCGUCACCGAGUGCUGCCAGCAGGAGCCUCAGCAGGUCGACAAAACCCACAUCAAAUUAACUUAACAGGAGCGAAAACGUAUUUUAGGGAAGCCUUUCCCCAGGGAAUGGAGGGGAACCUGGCUGUACAGCAGAAUUUAAAGGCCUUUGCCUCUCCCAGCCCGGCCUCCCGACAGCCUUUCCCAGCCAUGAAAGGCACUCUGCUCCCUCCAAUGUCUCCAAGCCAUGUGCUUUUCCCAAGUGUGUUUCUGCCCUCUCAGAGGAAACAGCUAUACCUCAGACCCAUAAAUAUUGUAAGGCAUUUAAAAAUGCCAAAGGAAUGACUCAGUGGAACUCCUCAUUCUGACAUGUUUUCCCGUGGCAUGCACCUCUUCUGA